AUGACCAUGCAAUUCUUUUUACCUACUGGGUACUCUGCGCCGGCCCUCUUGGUCGUCAUCGCUGGAGCGUUUCUCUGCAUUUACAUCAGACGUGUCGUUGCCCGCGCCCGCUUCGCGCAGUUGCACGGCUGCCGGCCAGUCGCGAAGUCACUCAGCAAAGAUCCGUUCUUGGGACUCGACGCGCUCCCGGGUACGAUUCGCUCUCUUGUGCAGCAUAAAAUGCUCGAGCAGAAUUGCGAGCUCUUCAAUACUUAUGGAAAUACCUUUACAUUGAAAGAGUUACAUAGAAAGAUCAUUUUGACGAUAGAGCCCGAGAACAUCAAGACGGUCUUGUCCCUGCGCUUCAGCGAUUUCGGGAUCGGCCACCGCUUGGCCGCCUUCAAGCCACUGCUAGGGGAGGGUAUAUUCGAUACAGACGGUGAUCAUUGGGCGUCAUCGCGCGCCCUGGUCCGUCCCAGCUUCACUCGCGACCAGCUCGCCGAUCUGUCGUCGCUCGAGUGUCUCUUUCAGGAUCUCGUGGCGGUGCUCCCGCGCGACGGACAGACAGUCGUGGACCUGCAGCCCCUGUUUUUCUGCUACACACUUGAUUCGGCGACCGAAUUUCUGUUUGGGCAGUCAGCUGGCACGCUCAAGACGCCACCAGGGCAGAAUAUCUUCGCGCAGGCCUUUCAAGACGCGCAGCGAGCAAUUAUUGCGCGCACCACGCUCGGAUGGCUCAGCGUUUUGUACCGCGACCGCAAGGCAAGCGAGGGCACGCGCAUCUGCAGAGAUUUUGCGGCGCGGCUCGUAGACGAGGCAUUUGAGACAGUCAGGAACGGGGAGAAAGAGCAACCCCAGCACAAACAAGGGGAGCUGCGGCGGCAGAAGUACAUUUUGGCGCAUGAGCUAGCCUCACGAACGAGUGACAGGAAACGAGUGUUGGAUGAGCUGAUGAAUGUCCUUUUAGCAGGCCGCGAUACUACCGCCAGCCUACUCAGCAACCUGUUUUUUGUGCUCGCUCAGAAUCCGACAAUUUGGGAGAAGCUACGGCGAGAGGUUUCCGAUUUGGGGCAGCGGCCGCCAACAUAUGAAGAGCUUCGCGGUCUCGAGUAUGUUCAAUGCUGUUUGAACGAAUCACUCCGAUUACACCCUGUGGUGCCACGCAAUCAGCGACAGGCACUUUGCGACACGGUGUUGCCAUUGGGGGGAGGCAAAGACGGCUCGUCGCCCGUCUUUGUUCGCAAGGGUACCUUCGUGGCCUACAACAUAUACGCGAUGCAUAGAAGGACAGAUAUCUACGGUCCAGAUGCGGCCGUGUUUCGGCCGGAGCGAUGGAGAGAAGCAGACUUGCGGCCGCGAUGGGGGUAUCUGCCGUUCAACGGCGGUCCCCGCGUAUGCCUGGGACAGAGAUACGCUCUCACAGAGGCGGGUUACGUGCUGGUGCGCAUGGUGCAGCAUUUCCAAAAGCUGGAAAGCCGUGAAUUAGGGCCGUGGGAGGAGUCUCUGGCUUUGACGCUGUGCUCGCGUAACGGCACCAAGGUGUCUCUGGUGCCUGUUUAG